AUGGGAAUUUUGACCGUAUAUCCCCAUCGAGUCUCACUUCUUGCAAUAGUGGAAUAUUCCGCGCUGCUGCUUGUGCUUGCGGUAACGGGAAUAUGCUGGACUUGUCGAAACCGGGGAUUCUGGACCUCGUCCUCUGCAAACGCGAAAUGGAUCCCCGGACCCAAAGGGAAGGCCUUCAUGGGCAAUGCUCAGGAGCUCCAAACCAACGGUGCUGCUAGCUGUACAGCCUGGUACUCUCUCUACAAGCGAUAUGGACCUGCCUAUGAGAUGACGAUUCCUUUCUUCCGGAUGCAUGUGAUCAAUCACCCUACUUAUCUCGAGCACAUUCAAAAACACAACAGCAAGAACUACAUACGCGGAAACUUUAUCCGCAAUGUUUUUGGGCCUCUUCAUAGAACUGGUAUUUUCAUUGUUGACGGGAAAGAAUGGCAAUUCCAACGCAAGGCGGCCACGAAAGCGUUCAGUAAGCGGAAUUUUGAGACUCACAUUACCCAGUCUCUUCAUUACUGGCUUGAAAUCCUGAUGAGCCUUCUAUCCAAUCUCGCCAAGGAGCAGAAGGAGUUUGAUUUUCAGGAAUUGAUGGGACGAUUCAUGUUCUGUCUCUUCCUUCGGGUGGCUUUCCAUGAAGACGAGCUCGCCCGCGAAGUUCUAUCUGAGGAUCCCGAGAGCCUCAAUUCAGUACCUGACUAUAUCGAAGCAUUUGACAAGGCUGCCCUCUGUUUUGACAGGAGAAGACGUGAUCCUUUGUGGAGGAUUACCGAAAAGCUUUCUGGAGAAGACAAAAUCACUAAAAGAGCAGCGGAUCUCUUCUACAGCAAGAUCGAUGGUCUAAUCAACAAACGCCUGGAGGCUAUGAAGAACGGCUAUAAGCUAAAGCCGGAUGCUGGAGUUGACCUCCUAGACCUCUUCACCCAGUCAGAGACCGAUCCAUACAAAUUAGGUGGAAUGGUUUUCUCAUUCUUAUCGGCCGGUCGCGACACGACUGCGUUCAGUGUUUCAUGGCUGAUGAAGGAGAUUUACCACCAAGAAAAUGAACACCUCGACGCCGCAAAUAAAAUUCGCGCCGAAGCCGCGCAGCAUGGUUUUACAGAUGGCUAUUUAGAGUAUGGGAGUGCGCCAAAACUGCUAUUUGCAAAUGCAAUGUGGGAUGAGACCUCUCGCCUUGACACGGUCUCUCCAGCUGGCCAAAUGGAGGCAGCAGAGAACGACAUUCUUCCCGCAGUGCCCGAACUAAACAUGCCCCCUCGUCAUAUUAAGAAAGGUGACGUCGUCAGCUACCAAAAUUAUGUCCUCUCUCGGAUGCCUGAAGUCUGGGGAGAGGAUGCCGCCAUCUUCAACCCCUACCGAUGGUUCAAAGGCAACGGAGAAAGCAUCUCCUACAGUCCGUUUAAAUACCACUCCUGGAAUGCCGGGCCACGAAGUUGUCUCGGGCGUGCACUUGCUACGUACGAGGGCAUCGCUAUUAGCACUGCGAUUCUCCAACGAUUUGAUGUCAUCUUGUUGGACGAUUACAAAACUUAUGAGCCACUUUCUGCGUUGAACAUGGGGAUCAAAGGUGGCCUUCCCAUGAAACUGAAGGAGAGGGUUCCCCAGAACGAUGGAUAA